AUGGACUUUCUCAGACAUGUUUUUCGGUACUUUGGACCGCCAGAACCAGAUGAAGCACAAUCUAAAAGGGCUGUUUCGACUCAUGGAUGUCGGACUGUGUUAGGCCGUCUAUUGAGGUACAUUGAAGGAGGUAUUGGAGAGGAAAAGGUCGCAUCACCCAACAAGGCAGCCCAAGCUAUCCCUAUCUCCCGCAAUAAACAUGCUUUGCAGUCUGUAUCAAAAGACGAUGUCUUUUACAAGCGUACCUCAGACGGGAAUUAUGUACCAGUCACUUCCCCACCUUUAAAAUCCUCGUCUCUCCCCACUCUACACAAAAGCGAUCCCUCUGAUUCGCUUUAUAUUGACACCGGGGAAUGGGACGGUUGGCCCAAUGGAAACUUCAAGCGCGACUUUACACCUGCGGAGAUUGAAGCAACAGGAAAUCUCCGUGUGCAUUGGGCCGUUCGAGUUAACGGAGGUGAUCGAAAAGGAAAUGAGCACACUGAAAACUGGGAGGGAGGGAAGAAAUCCUCAAGACGCUGCCUUGGGGUCAUUGAGUGUGACAAUCCACUUUGCAAAACACUCAUCCGACCCCACACAGCAGCUCAAGGAAUUAACAAGCAGUUAACCGAACCAUGUCAAUGUGGGGCUGAGCUCUCUCAUCGCAGGUGCAACAUAAUUUCUUACCUCUGGCGAUGGUCGGAUGGCGUUCAUUACGAAAAUGGUGGCUUUCAUACGCACCGUCGACCGACUCAUAUUCUGCACCUCCUUCCCAAGGAACAGCGACGAUUUGAAGAAAUGGUCAAGGCGUAUCCAAAAUCAGGACCACUUCAACUAAUCGUUGGAGUUCCAGGACUCGAUGGGCCUGGUGAAUCCAUCGCAGAUAUCUCAGAUGUGUUUUUGAAUGCUCACCGUGUCAGCAAAGAGCGUUCAAAACUCAAGAAGGGUCAUGUCCAGGGCGCCGACGCUUUGUUAGCUUCAUUUUCCAAGUUCGCUAACGAGCAUCCAAACUUUGUUAUCCAUUCCACUCUCAGCGAAGAGGUGGUCAUAUCGGUCCAGACAAAUUUUAUGCGAUCACAAAUGGUCAAGAAUCAGCGUUUGGAGGGUUCAGUCAAUGGAAUGGUGAAUGACGCUACUCAUGACUUUUGGAAGGAGCGAACCUCCCUCCUUGUUGUUUCUUCGACUUAUUGCUCAACACUCUUAUGCUGGGUUCCUGGAGUGUUAUCCUACUCAAACGGCGCUAGUGCCAUCCACUUCGAGCACCACUUCCUUGCAGUUAUUAUGAGCAUUGCUCAUGAGGCAGAAGCACGAGGGAUUCCCAUAACGGAUGAUCUCUUCGCGGGGGUCAUGGACUUCAGUGAGGCAGAGCGUAGCGGAUUCAUCCGAGGCUUCGUUGUCUUCUGGAUGGCUCGACCUGAUAAUACACGAAAUCGGCAGGAGCUUCAGGUGGCUGCAGAGCAUCUCCUGAAAGGAUGUAGAGAACAUUACUGUGCUGGUGUUACGCGUGUCAGCCGCAUCUCUGGCGUCAUUUCACCUGCAAUGGCAGACGCGUUUAUCACGCGUGCAUUGGGCCUCUUAACACUUCCGACCUCAGCAGAAUUCACUUCACAGGCUUUGCUCCUGGUACGCGAUUUCCCUAAGCUUGCUUCCUGGAUGGAAUGGUGGACACGGCCGGCUCAUGCGUCUAUGCUCUUCGAGUCUGAGAGAAAAAUGGAUAUCGAUCUUUGGGAUUCUCUGCCAGCUGACAAUAACGCAGAAGAAGCAAUGCAUUGGAAGCUUUACAGUGCCUGCGGCCGUAAUCAUGAAUUUUUGGAAGGGAUGUACUCCUUACAUGCUGUUGCUGUAUAUUAUGAACGCCUUCAUGAUGGAGCAACUCAUAAAUCAAUAGAAGGGAAGCCAAUCCGCUAUGGCAAAGCAGAGCCAUGGAAGAUUGUCAAGGAGAAUAUUGGUCGAACAAAACCCACAUGCUCCAGAAAACUUGCAGAUAAAAAGCGCAAAAAGAACGACGGACACCCACCAGACACGAACAAGGAACUCUUGGGCACAAAUGCGAAGCAAAAGCAAUUGACAUUGAAAAGCUUCACAAAAAAGGAAGCAGAGCCGAAGAAACCAAAGCUGAAGAAACCAGACCCAAAGAUAGCAGAGUCUCCGGCUACCAGUCCUGCUGUUCAAGACCUGCCGAGCUAUCCCUGCGGUACAAUCGACGAGGCUGAAAAGACUACAUCGACAUUCCUCCGCCGUCAACGGGACUCUCUACGUACCCACCUCAAGAAAAAGAAGGUUAUGGAGACUGUCAGUGGAUUUGAAUCACUUUUUGCCUGGUUUGCAGAGCUGGUCAAACUGGAGGAAGUGCAUUCAUCCUAUCGUCCAGUUUCCGCUUUCGAAACACUUUUCAUCGAGAUUCACUACUGCACGGGAUCGUCCAGUAUUGGUGGUCCUCAUGUUGAGAUUUCUCACCACCCUCAACGACGACGAAUCCAACAGCUGACACCGCAUGACUUCGAACAGUUUCAGGGAGAUUUUUCCUUGUAUUUUGCGGAUUGGGUCUCUCUAGACAAAGAGCGAGUUCCAGCAACUAGUUGCUGGCGUGUCAAGGAGACUGUACCUCUUUGUCUUGGUGCCAGAGAAGAUAUUCGUUAUCUGCUUACUUCUCUCCCGCUUCUUUUCACUAUGGAAGUUGGUGACGAGCAUCCAUCCGAGACCAUGGCUCAGGAAUGGGAUUUUCCUUCGACGCUGCUUCCUCAUACCCAAUCUGCGGCAAAUUCUCAUGGACUUGUUUAUGAUCUCAUGGGACUAGCCUUGACCAACGAAGAUGGCAAUCAUUUUAUUGCUCGGUAUGCCUCGGACAACAAGAAGUUCAUCUAUACGUAUGAUGAUUUGACGAAUAAUGGCCACCCAAUCAGAGACAAACCUGCCACCUUCGAUACUCAUGUGGCCGGAAAGCAUGUUGACCUACCUCAAGAUUUUGUGGUCUAUCAGGCUUUUUAUUGGCUUCGCGGAGGAGCUGUUGCACAGGAUUUAUUCUUUCAAGUUCGAACAGCUGCCCUUGCCAAGAAAUUCGAUUUGCGAUUCUCGACAAAUAAUCUUGACAGGCUCUUUUCGAUGACCUACCACUCGGACCAAUUUGUCGAGCUUGAGAGCAACAAGCGCACCUGGCUUUUGAACCCUUUUAGAUCGCGCACCCUCGAGUAUGUUUCUCGCGACGCACCAGCUGACAUUACCGUGGAAUCUCUGUCUCCAGAGCCCGAGGAAGGUGUAAUCUCCCAACCUGGAUCACCGACUACUCCACCUAGCCCUCUGUCUUCUCUCCCAGAUUCAGAAUUUGAGUUGAACUGCCGAUGUGGGAUCAUCGGUAAUGGUAACAUUCUUUAUCGCCAUGAGCAUGGGGUGGCUAUCCAAUGCGAUCAAUGUCGUGAUUGGUCUCAUAUUGCGUGCCAGCGCGAUGGGAGAGCCAGUAACCUUGCACCAGAUGCCCCGUUUAUCUGUGAUUCGUGUGAUUUGUCGCACCAUUUUCCCUUGUCAAGGAAGUCUAAACGAAAGGAGCUCGAGGCACGUCUUGCAUUGAAUAAACCACUCGAGUUACGAUUACGGUCAGACCUCGAUAUUCUCCACUAUGAACGAGCGGGGAGAGGCGCGCUAGCGAGACGUGAGCAGUUUUGGUAUCCGGUGCACCUCAUUCAGGCAGUGCAACACGGUUGGAGGGUGCAUUGGUGGAGGGAAAAUCAAUUUCUUGACAAGGAUGAGCCUGCAGCUGGUGGAUUUUCUGUUGUGAAUACCAAGGACAUCGUCGAUUCAUUGUGGAAUGACCGAUUGGCAAGACGAGCAAUACGGCUCGGAAAAUGGAAACAUGCCCAGGACGUCGAAACCUCAGAAGACAUUCUCGCGGAUCCAUCUGAAAUACCAUACAGCGAGGAGAUCAACAAAAUCCUCUCGCCAUCCAAAAAGCUUCUGAAGAAUUUACUCACAUGCUACGGUCCGGACGACCUGAAGAGUGAAACCAUCCCGGCAAGAGAUUGGUUAGAAAAUGGCAAAAAGCCUCUUCAAACGAGCUUGGUUCCGUAUUGCGGAGCUCUUUCUAUCGUCGAGAGAGCCCAGAUCGCAAACUGGUUUCUGUGUCACAUCAGCAAAAAUGCAGAGACCUGGCUUGGGCGCUUACCGCUGGCUCAUGCAUUCACCCUUUACACCGCAGAACAUAUCAAAAAUGAACCGAAGUUUAAGGUUUUCACACAGCCAGAAAUCAUUAACGAGGCUUGGAGGAUCCAAUUUACAAGUAUCCCUUCAGUCUUGUUCGACAUUGAUGUUGAACGCGAGGCCUUGGAGAAUCUGGAGACCGAGAUGUUUGAGGUUUCGAGAGCUGCGGGGAUCGCGAGUUAUUAUCAAUGGGGCUUGGACGCAGGACAUCACCAAGAUUGGGAUCCGUAUGCAAGGAUGGAAGACUUGAAUCAUCAGGAUUGUCCCGGAGAUGAUGAUGAUCUUCAGUUUGGACCCGAUUACAUUCACCGCGAAGAGAAAAUACAACUGACGGAAAAGAAAUCGCGUCCCAAACCACGCCCCAAGAUGAUCAAGAAGACCAUGCCCUAUGUUCAGCACAUGGCUGUAAACAAUUGA